GAAGAAUGUUCAGUUUACUAUACUUAAUGACAGAUCACAAGGAGGAGCUAGUAUAACUGAUGGAUCUAUAGAACUAAUGGUUCACAGGCGCCUAUUGCAUGAUGAUAAACGAGGUGUUGGGGAGCCACUGAAUGAGACUGGAGUGAGUGGAGAUGGUUUGAUUAUUCGUGGAAAGCAUCUAUUAAUGCUUGAUACUGUGGAUAGUUCAGCAUAUGCUCAGAGAAUGAUGGCAGAAGAGUUAAUGAUGAUACCAGAACUGUCCUUCACUUCAAAUGAUGGACUACAGCUUAGUGACUAUAACCUUAAGUAUAGUGGACUGUCUGCCCCUCUUCCUGAUAAUGUUCACUUAUUAACUCUUGAACAUUUGGAUCAGUCAACAAUUCUCCUUCGUUUGGAUCAUCAGUUUGAAUCAACUGAUCCUGAGAAAUGGUCAAAUAAUGUUGACGUUAAACUUAAAGAUUUAUUUGUUGGGUUUACAAUCAAAGAUGUAACUGAGUUAGCAUUGGGGGGCAAUGUAGCUUUAUCUGAUAUAAAGAAACUCCAAUGGCAGACAACAGACAAGGAAACUGUUCCUGGUCCUUUUAAUUUCCCUCCUGUGACUGGUCCUGAUUUCAUUGUCUCACUCUCUCCAAUGAUAAUACGCACAUUCAAUGUAACUGUUGAUUUCAAUCAGCUUUGAUUUUUCUAGUUUUCCUCCCACGCUUAUAAUCAA